UUUCUAGAACCCUUUUCUUGUCAGGAACCGCACACAUCAUAUGGGCAGAUCUACUUACAGACGGUCUCUCAAGUACGUGAAGUAUCAUUUGCUGCCAAUGCCCUCGCGGACCUGGUGGCGUCAUACGAGUCACGUGGUGGACACGUGUCUCACAUUCUCUGUGGGGACUUCAAUAUUGAGCCCCGUUUUCCCGCCUAUCAGCUUUUAAAGGAGGGGAGACUGAGUGUAAGGGAGAUGGAGGCACUGAAAAGUGUGGACUACAUCCGAUGGGCAUCUGAUAUUGAACAGCCAUCACAGGUAAAAGAAGUCUGCUACACAGCCGUUUUUAGUGUCGUCACUCAACUCUCCCGUGGGGAGGAGUGUUGCGUGACGACACAAAAAACGGCUGUGUAGCAGACUAAGGUAAAAGAUAAGAAAGGUUAAACUUGUUUGUAUAAUUAAUAUCAUGGCUAACAAAUUAAUGAAAAAGAAAAUCACUAACAAUUCCUAAUGGCCAACAAUCAUCCAAAUACGAGUAUGUUUGCACGCUUGUGUUCAGGGCCAGCCCUUGCGGGGCAAAGACAAUUCCCUUAACCUACGCAUUUGUUCUGUCCCACGGAUUGAACCUGCGACCUGGAUGCGCGACCUGGAUGCGGUCCAUCAUUUAGAAGACUAGAAAUGUAUAAAGAGUGAACAGUUUAUCACUGGUUAUUAACAAUUUGAUAUUCUCUGACUACUACUUAAAGGUUCAGGGUUCCUCCUGUUUACAACGUGCCACCACUGCUUUCCUGUCCAACAGGUUGAAACGCAAGUAAAAUGGUAACUUUUGUCCAGAAAUUCCCAGCUUAUAAAGUUUCUCAAUUUUCUUUUUAUCUUUGCAGCUCUUGCCUGAUCAAAUGUCUCUUUUAAACAAAGCCCAAGCAAAUUUUCACCAUCCCCUUAAGAAUCUUCAAAGUGCCUACAAGACCAUUCUGGUAAGAUACAUCAAGCAAAACUACUUCUGUUAAGCCAAAUUUAUACAUUCAUUGACGGCUUUUGGUAUCAUAAUGAGGGGGUGAAUACGCCAAGGGAUCGGCGGAUUUUGAAAAUAUACUGAUUUAGAGUGAAAUUUUCGAGGCGGAAACCCUACUCACCCCUGCCCAUCAUGAAAAGCAAAUUUUUGUUGCGAAUACAAGAUUUAGGAAAGUACGAGUUUUAAACUAAUUUCGAGCUUCUUAAAAAUGCUUCAUUGUUACAAGACAUGUAUGCCUAGGAAAGUAUCUCUAUGACUUGCCAGUAACACUAAAGGAUGAGAGUUCUGGGAGAAAUAACCGGCUUGAAAUAAUCGCACUCAUACUUGAUCUAGUACGAAUUACUUCAAUCUAAUAGUAAAGUUACAAAAUUUUAAACAAAAUUUUAAACACUGACUUCAAGGUCGGCGAUUUAUACAGAUCGGUCAUGAUUACGAGCUGGCGAAGUAAUUAUUGAACACCAGCCUUGGUAUCCUGUUUUUUUUUUCCGUUGCGACAGGAACAGUUAAAGAAUUCCUGCCCUCUGGCUUCCCUGUUGCAUGUGCGCUACUUUUUUUGUAACAUUUUUUUAAUUUUCAGGGCGACGAGCCGCAGUUCACAAAUCAUGAGGGAUCAGGCCGCGUUUGGACUUUAGAUUACAUCUGGUUUGAUUCUGCGAGUCUGAAAGUGACAACUGCCUUAGAGACGGUAUCCAAGGAAGCUAUUGAACCAUACCAGGGCCUGCCAAACCAGUUUUACUCGUCCGAUCAUUUGCCCCUGAAGGCACAUUUUAAGUUCGCUGCGUCACAAUGA